GUGUGUUUCGUGGGUGCAGGGAUCUUAAGUACGCUCACCGUUUCGAGUGUGUGUGUGUGUGUGUGUGCUUGCGAGCUGAUCUGCAUGAGAAUGUGUGUGUGAGCCUUUCUGGAGCCUCUUUUGUAUGGAGGAGCAUGUGUGCAGUGUGAGAGACAGCGUGAGGAUGCGUGGUGGGCAGGUGGUGUUGUGAUCGGUGGAGUUUUCGGUGUACUAUCGUCGUGCCGUCUGCCUUCCCCCUCCUUCCCUUUUGGUUCUCUUGUGAGGGCAACAAGCAUCCUGCUGGGAUGUCCACCACGCCUGGUGCAACAGACGGGAGCCAAAGGGACUCUUUGGAGCUAGACACGGAGCACGCACAGAGGGUCCCCGGGGCCGAGCAGGGAGGAGCCCCCACCCCCCAGGUCAAGCUGAAAGAAAGACAGAAGUUCUUUGAGGAGGCCUUCCAGCAAGACAUGGAGCAGUACCUGUCCACCGGAUACCUGCAGAUCGCUGAGAGGAGAGGAAGCAUGUCGUCCAUGGAGGUGAACGUGGACAUGCUGGAGCAGAUGGACCUGAUGGACAUGUCUGACCACGAGGCCCUGGAUGUGUUCCUGCACUCUGGAGGAGAGGACAACAGCGGCACCCUCGCCUGUCGCAGAUGUGGAGUCCUUCACCACAGAGAUCAGUCUCCAGGUGCCCACCCAGGCCGAGCUGCGCCACAAGCUCUCCUCCCUCUCCUCCACCUGCACCGACUCAGCCAGCCAGGACACAGAGGCCGGGGAGGACGAGGAGGACGAAGAGGAAGACGAGGAGACGGAGCAGGGAGGCGAUGGGGGUGUUGGGGGAUCAGGGGGAGGAGCGAGGAGGAGGAGACGGCCCCCCGUGGUGGUGACCCUGGAUGAAGAGGAGGUGCACCCCGACACGGCGCUGGUGGACGGGGGGGAAGAGCGGAGCAGCAAAGACUGUGAGGCCAACAGGCCGAAGGUUUGAGGAGGACACAUGGACUGGAUUUAAACACACACACACACACACACACCGAGCUGCAGACGGAGAAAAGUUAUAAUAUUGGCUUCCAUCUCAAAUGUUCAUGAUGAAGAAAUGAAAAAGAAAAUACACUGAGGUUGCACUAACUGCCAUAUGACCUUGCCUUAAAAAAAAGUGUUUAAUUCUAAUUGAAUGCUGUUAAAUUGGUUUGAGUUCCCUUUAGCAUAUGAUUGGCUUAACAUGCACAUGAAGGGUUUGACUUUAUUCAGAGUGCUCUAAUAUUCAGAUUCUGUGUCUGCGUGUUGAGACCAGGAGAGGUCUGAUACUGGUGAUAGGUACACAGAGAAGUGUACACUAUAAUCAUCCAUGUGCCCUUUUGCAGUGUUUUUCUUUGAAUCCCUGCUCCAUGCUAAUGCUAACAUAUUCUCUAAACUGCAGCUAUUAUUAUUACUGAAUUUCCCCCUCGGGGUAUCAAUAAAGGUCCAUCUUCUAUUAAGCAUCAAUAUAUGUUGGAGAACAGUACUUUUGCUGAAUACAAUUUAAGGUACCACUUUACAAUAAGACUACCCUUAUAAAGGAAUCAUAAAGGGUUUAUAAUUAGGUUAUGAAUUAGGUUGUAAACACUUUAUUAAUCAUUAAGAACCAUUUAUAAACCAGUUCUAACAUAGUUUUCAUACAUCAACACAGGCUCAGAUGACUAAGCCUUAUAUUGGCUACUUAGCGAGAAUCAAC